UUUUCAAAAUGGCGUAAUUUGAAAGAAAACAAUGUGGUGUUGAAAACUAUUGUGGGGAAACGAGAGGAUUUCAUUUCAUUCACCGCACCGGUAAUUGUAAAUCCUGCCACACUAUGACGGUGUGCAACUUUUGGAUGCAAGGCCGGUGUCGAUAUGGCGACAAGUGUUGGAAUGAGCACCCAAAAGGAGGAGGAGGAGGAGGAGGAAAUUACAACAACCGUCCCCCUCAACAGUCCAACAGAGGAGGAGGAGGAUUUGAGAACAGAGUGUGGGUGAACCCAGCUCAGAGGUCUGGAGGAGGAAGCUACGUCCAGCCGUCAUCCUUCUCCUCCCAGCAGGGUGGGGAUGACUGGGGUAGAGGGGGAGGAAGAGGUGGUGGAGGUGGUGGAGGUGGUUGCAACAACUGGGGUCCAGGCGGAGGAGGAGGAGGAGGAGGAGGAAGAGACAGCCAAGUCAAGAGUUCCAGUUUCAGUUUUGCAGCCCCCUCUCCAAACCACAACAGAUUUUCUGCCUUGAGCACACAGAGCAGCUUCGACAGGGGUGGGAGUGAAGGGGAGGACAAUGGAAAACACUUAGAGACCAUCCAGAAAGAUAUGGAGAUCUGGGAGACUUCAGGCCAAUGGCUUUUCUCCUGCUACUCUGUCCUCAAAGAUAGCAUCUCAGGGUUCACAGAGCUCUCACCAGAGGAGCUGAGACUGGAGUACUACAACACCAAGCCGUCUGGAGACCUGCAGGGAUAUGCUGACAUCAUCAAUCAGCUGCUCAACCAAUGGAGAAGCAGAGUCCAGGAGCUGAGGGCUAUGAGCGGCAACACCAGAGUCGCUAUGCUUGCAGAGCUGGGCAACCCAGCACCACAGGCAGCGUCUGGAGGCUUUGGGUCGACACCAGUGACCGGCUUUGGGUCGACACCAGUGACCGGCUUUGGGUCCUCAGCACCAUCUGGCUUCGGAACAGGUUUUGGAGUGCCAGCCCAGGCUCCAGCCCAGGACACCGCAGGUGUCAGCAGUUUCAGCUUUGCUGCGCCGAGUGCAGGAGGCUUUGGUUCGGCUGCUCCAAAGCCUGCAGCGUCUGGUUUUGGCAGUGCUGUGGUGGGUGCCGCACCAUCUCCCGCUGGGAUCGGCUCUACGGCCGCCUCUGCUCCCUCGGCAGCAGGUUUCUCCUUUGCCGCCCCUGCUGCCAACAAAGACCUAACUACUGCCAGUUUCGGGGCUUCUGCUUCAGGGUUUGGAGCUGCUGCCUCUGCUUCCGGGUUUAGCUUCACCUCGACGGCCACUAGUGGUGGAGGAUUUACAGGAAGUGGUUUCGGGAGUGCAGUCCCGGGGGCUGCGAGUGGUUUUGGACAGGCGAGUGGAGGGUUUGAGGGUUUGGUAGCAAGGGCAGGGGAGACUGGGGGGGCAGCAAACAGUCUCUUCUCCCCCCAGAGCCAGCUGAGUGAAGAGGAACUCAAGGAGUUUGGAGGGAAGAGGUUCACCCUGGGACAGAUACCACUCAGACCCCCCCCUGUUGAUAUGCUGGUGGUCUGAUCCCACCACUCAGACCCCCUGUUGAUAUGCUGGUGGUCUGAUCCCACCACUCAGACCCCCCUGUUGAUAUGCUGGUGGUCUGAUC